AUGAUCAGUGCCGUUUUACUCACUGCCUUCUUCUUGGGUUCUGUUCUCUUGAUUUUACGAACCAUUUAUUCUCAACUGUUCAACAAGUACGGAGACGUUCGAAUUAAAAUCAGAAAAACCACAAAGAAGCAUUUCGAAAAGGCCUCAGCCACAACCAACAAUACCGAUUUUUUCCAACGAGUUUCAGGAGUUUCCUUACUCGAACAAUGCAAGUACGGAAGUUGUCAAUAUGCUGGUGUUGCCUCAGCCAUUGACACGAUGAAGAUCUUGAAAGACAGUAAGGUCGAUCCAUUCGAAUUUUUUGGUAUUCAAUCCGACUUGCUCAAGGAGCAAUUGCAAAAAGAAUCGGAUGUGUUAAAUGUAUUGACCAUUCAAUUAUCUGCCAUGACUGCCAACGAAGGAGAUGUUGAAUUGAACGUCUCCAUCCCAUUAGAAACCAAUAACUUUUCAAACACUUCCUUAUAUUCUCCAUCCACUCCCACUCGCUCUUCGUUUUAUACUUUGAAAUCUUCAAGUUUCUCACUACCAACAACAUCAUCCAAGUCACCAUCGAGCAGUACUGGUUCAUCAACCACUGGAUUUGAAUUGGUCUCUGAAAGCAAUGCAUUGAAAUUUUCACACAUUCGAACGGUCGAUGAUGUGUUCAAGACCAUGAGAGAAUCAUCCUUUGAUUUGUGGACAGUUUCAAGAUUAGCAUUCCAAUCAGCAUUCAAUAGAGAAUUAGUGAGCUUUAUUUUGCCAAACAAAUCUCAUGUUCCAUCCUCAUGGUUGAAGAAGGAAUUAUUUACAGAUUCAGCAUCAAGUUUGAGAACUGGAAUUGAAUGUUAUAUUUUGGAACAAGUGGGAUUGAUUAAGAAUAUCGAUGAUUCAUUAGAAGGAUUCCAAACUUGA